ACGGCGAACCCGCACAAGCAACCCCCCACCCCACCCCCGCCGCGGCCGCUACAAAGCGCCGCCAUUCCCGCACGCCACCGCCACCGCCACCUCCCUCCCCCACCUCCGUCGCGCGCGUGCCCGGCGGCAGCACAGCAGCGGGAGACCACCGCGCCACAUCCCGAGGCGCGCGCAUUUCCCCAGCAUGCGCCCGGAUCCCGACGCCACCCCGCCCCAAGUCAAACCCACCGACGCGCGCCCGCCUGCCUAAAACUCCACCCCGAGGCUCGCGCUGCGCGGCCACCAGGCAGAUCGACCCUUCCCUCCCCUCCCCUCCCCCACGCCGACGCGCGCGGAGCGGAGCGGACGGACGGGAGCGCUGGAUCCCGCGGAGGAUCUAGAGGCGGUCAAGCAGCCGUCGCCCCCCGGCCCCGGGGGCCGCAUCCGCUACCGCACGCCCUCCUUGCCCGACCUCCACCUCCUGCCCGCCGACAAGAUGCGCCGCUACUCGCAGCUGCCGGGGGCCGGCCGCCAGGACACGCUCGCCGACCGCGUGCACCGCUACCGCGGGGUGCUGCUCGUCGUGCUCGCGCCCCUCGCCCUCGUCUCGCUCGUGCUCCUGCUCAUGCCGCGCGCGCCCUCCGGGGCCGCCCAGAGGCCCCUCGGAGGAGGAGGGGCCGCCGCCGUCGCCGCCGGGGACAAGAAGUACGCCGUCAUAUUCGACGCCGGCAGCUCCGGCAGCCGCGUCCACGUCUUCUGCUUCGACGGCAACCUGGAUCUGGUCCACAUUGGCACCGACAUCGAGCUUUUCGUCCAGAAAAAGCCUGGACUUAGCGCGUUCGCCAAUGACCCGCGCGAGGCUGCUCAAUCGCUCGUCUCUCUCAUUGAGAAGGCCAAGGAAGUGGUUCCGGCCGAAUUGCGCGACCAGACGCCGGUCAGAGUUGGGGCCACCGCAGGCUUAAGAGCGUUGGGAGCAGGAAAAUCCGAAGAGAUAUUGCAAGCGGUUAGGGAUCUUCUUCGUGAAAAGAGUUCAUUUAAGAACCAGCCGGAUUGGGUUACAGUUCUUGAUGGAACCCAGGAAGGUGCAUAUGAAUGGGUUACCAUUAAUUAUCUGUUGGGAAAACUGGGAAAGACGUAUGCAGACACAGUUGGUGUGGUUGACCUUGGCGGUGGAUCUGUCCAAAUGGCGUAUGCUAUCCCAGAGAAGGAUGCUGAAAAGGCUCCUAAACCGGCAGAUGGUGAAGAAUCAUACGUGAAAAAGCUUUUCCUUAAAGGGACAACAUAUCAUCUUUAUGUCCACAGUUAUUUGCGCUAUGGAUUGCUGGCUGCUAGAGCAGAGAUCUUAAAAGCUGGCAAUGCCAAUGGUUACAGCAACUGUGUAUUGGCUGGACACCAGGGGCAAUAUAAGUAUGGUGGAAAUACAUUUGAAGCAUCGGCUGCACCUUCUGGCAGUAGUUUCUCGGAAUGCAGGGCUGAUGUUGUGAAAGCUCUUAAAGUAGACGAAGCAUGCACUCACAUGAAAUGUUCCUUCGGUGGUAUUUGGAAUGGUGGUGGUGGUGCUGGACAGAAGAAUCUCUUUGUAGCAUCGUUUUUCUUUGACAGGGCAGCUGAGGCUGGUUUCAUUAACUCCAAUGCGGCCGUUGCCAAGGUCAAACCCUCUGACUUUGAGGAAGCUGCCAAGCGUGCUUGUAAAUUGAACGUGAACGACGCCCAAUCUAGCUACCCUGCUGUCCAGAAGGAUAACGUUCCAUACAUUUGCAUGGAUCUUGUUUACCAGUACACCCUGCUUGUGGAUGGAUUUGGUGUUGAUCCCCAACAGGAGAUGACAUUGGUAAAGAAGGUUCCUUACAGCGACGCGUUCGUUGAAGCAGCAUGGCCGCUCGGAAGCGCCAUCGAGGUUGCAUCUUCAUCAUAGGCAGCACCAGUGUAGCUACAACGGAAGCAUCAACGUGGGAGCGUGGGCGUGACCACCGUAGGAGAAGUUUUGAAUUUAGGGGUAGCCGGUUCUUGUCUGUGCAUCCCCUGAAGUCGCCAUUUUGUCACCCGGUCAGUUCAUCCAGCCUCCCCUCCCCAUACAGUAUAGGUUCAUACGCAAGGACACAAGGAUUACGGCAUCAAUUGUACUGCAGCCAGACGCCAUUGGAAGGCGCAUUAUUAUUUUUGUACUGAUGAUGAUGAGAGUAGGACGAGAGCAUUCCAUUCUUUCUGACUUCCACUUGAGAUGGGCAUAAACACAUUCUUCACUUACCGUAAAUGCAUUGUUCGUUGCCUUA